CGAUCAAGCACAUUAGCCGCUUAGUCCUCCGACACGUUUCUAUAAAAAUUAUCGAGAACGGUUGUACAACGGUAAUAGAUAAUACCGUUUUGUUACGACGCGACCGUCCGGACGGAAAACGUUUUGCGAAGAUGCGCGUGUUCAGAUCGCACGACGAGAUGACGAAACUUCUUGCGACCACUUGCUUUAGGCAUGGCAAGAAUGGACCUACCGAAGUACAGCGACUGGUGCGGUUCUCGAUGAAGAACGGAUUCCAUCCGGGCGUGCACGAGAAGCACGGACUCUACGUCGGAAACUGGGAAAACGACGUGAAACAAGGAAAGGGGAAAAAAAUAUAUAAGAACAAAACGAUUUACGAGGGUGAUUGGUUGGCAAAUAAAAGACAUGGCUACGGUGUACUAACGAAAAAAGUUGAUGACAUCUACAUAUUUGUUUACGAAGGAAAGUGGAUUAACAACCGAUUCGCUGAAGGGAAGUGGUACGAGGAUUGCGGCAUUUACGAUGGCUGCUUUUCCACGACCGGCACCAGAACGAAAUGUGGCUACGGGAUCAUGCGAUGGAACAACGGUGCCGUAUACUGCGGUCAUUGGCGAGACAAUAAGUUCAACGGUAGAGGGCAGUACAUUGAAGCCAACGGUAACGUUUACGAUGGACAGUGGUGCAAGGGGCUUAAACACGGUGAAGGAUUGUACGUGUUUAAAGAAAAAGGCCAAUAUAUGGAGGGCGUUUGGAUCCAAGGAGUACCAAGGGUCGGUGUGAUCAAACAUUUGCGUCACAAGCGAGAUGUUAACGAAGUAGUGACGAUUCCCCAUACAUUACCCAAGAUAUCGGAAUCCAACGAGGAGUGCAUACGAGCCGCGUACGAGAGGGAGAAAUCAGAAACACUCAAACACGCCUAUGAACAACUUGUAUCGUUAUAGUAUAAUAUUAUAAUAUUUGACACGACUACGAGGUGCAACCGUUGUUUUGGCGGUUCAAGAUUCACGUGGACGAAUUUUUUUCCACUCCCCGUUGCGGGUCUCCUCUGCACGAUAUCACCGAGAAACAUGUGAUCAUAUUAUAAUUAAUGUUGUUUAAGCGUAGCCGUUACCUUCAGCUUGCAAGCGUGUCGCGGUAUAAAUAAUAACAACGAGGAUAAUACAUUAAGUGCAGCAGGCUCGGGCUAUACAUAGAAAUCGGUAUCCGAUCAUUUCGCUUCAACUCCUUCGGUCUGUCCGUUAAGGUUGAUGAAGUAUCCAACGGUUGAACAUAAUAAUAUCUGAGAGAGAGUGUGGGCACCAUGUGCGCGCAAGGCGUUUUGUGUUCAGGGUCACGCACGUUGUUCUUGAUACGUGCACUAUAGGCGCAACUAAGGUAAACAAUUCUGGGGGGGGGGUUAUAUUCCUCCUACCAACAUUUAAAAUAACCUAUAGAUUACCCCCUACUCUUAUAUAUCAUGUUAAUAUAUUUUAGAUUCUGAGCCAAGUUGGAUUUACUGCAAUAUAUCUUUUUUUAUAUGUGACACUAUUUUGGGUUAAGUAUGUUGUAUGCGGUAUUUCAUGUAUAACAUGGAAUAUUAAUGAGGGGAUAAUCCCCCUUGCUCCCCUUAGUUGCGCUUAUGACGUGCACACGGGUGAAAGAAACGCAUAAAUGUAAGACUCGAUACUCAGCUCUUUGAUGAUACAGUAUACUAGGUUAUUCAAAAUGAUUCAUCUGAUUUAAAAUGCUUGGAUAAUUUUAUUUUUUAAUCUAAGAACAAUAUGUUAUACAUUAAAUAAAAGAGAAAUAUGUCAAGUUUAAUUAAUUUUACCUAUAAAUGUUCUAUAUGAGUUCCUCUGGUCACACGAACAACAUCUAGUCGAUACUGAUACACGUGGGUCGGCAUGUGCUUUUUACUUUGCCCAAACACCCUGCUUCUUCAAACUGCUAAUACCAUUGACGUAUGCUCUAAGAAGUCGGUACAUCGAUCCCGUAAUGACGUCGUAAAUCGUGUUGUAUGGUUAUUACGGAUUCACAUUUUGAAAAUCGCAACACACAAAACGCUUUCUGCUGUUCGGUUAACAUAUUCGCAUAAAAUAACUUAUCCCUUAAAAGCAAUAAUUGUAAAACAAACAAUUAAUGACAUUCUAAAACUUGGGUAUACUCACUAUUAAUUGGUGUACAAUUUAAUAAGAUAAAAUGUAUUAUUACUAUUUUAUAGCUAUUUGAAAUCGGAUGAAUCAUUUUGAAUAACCCUGUAUAAAUAUAAUAGCCUGUGUUUUACUCGUACCACGUAUCUUUGUGCCGAUAUCAAUGUUUUUUUUUUUUUACGAUCAUUUAUAUGUAAUCAUAGUAGUAUUGUACUGUAGUGCAUUAGCUUAUCCGUUAAAUUACAAUCAACUUAUGUGUGCUGUUGACAUAAAGUAUACAACUGAAAAAAACAAUAAAUAAUA